AUGGGGUCCGUUGUAUCACAUCUAUAUCUUCUUCCUCCAAGAGUUCCUCGCCCGUAUCAUUCUGAACUUCAGCCUAAACUGCGCUCUGACGUUCCCAACAAUCUUCCCAGUCUCUGUUCUCAGGGACUUGGAUUCGGGCUCACUUCUUCAAAGGCCUCUGACCUGCUCCUUUCCCUGCAAUUCUCUAAUCUUGACACCGAUCAGAUGGCCGAACCUGCAAACGCUGAGAAUGGGCUUUCCGGAAUGGAUCACGAGUCAGAACGAACAACCGGGCCCUCUGACUACCAAUUUAUGCCUCUGGUGACUGCGGCCGAUGAUUCGAUUGGAGGCCAGAUGAACUCUUCGACACUUUCAACCAAUGGCCAAUCGAUACAAGAUGGGGUCCGUUGUAUCACAUCCAUAUCUUCUUCCUCCAAGAGGAGUAAGAUUUUAGCUGGAUCUAAUAAUGCCUGUACUUUUUCCUAUACUCCUCUCAUUGAAGACAAAGAGAAGCUCCUCAUGAUAAGAUUUGAGCAGAACAACUCUGCAAUAAUUACACCGCAUCCCUUCAAUAUCGUCUUCAAUGGCCUUUUCAUAGCUCAGUUCGGUGGCAUCUUCUUUGGCAUUUCUUAG